AUGGUUUCGACCUCCAAGGCAGGACUAUCACCAUCUGAAAACCAGACUCCACCGCUUAAAGCUUCCCCGCCAACCGAGACGCGGGCACAUCUCACCCCCUCAGAAACAAAUUCAAUGACGGCCUUGAGAAGCAGUGAUCCCAUUCUCAUGCCUGAUGCAUCAGAAUUCUCCACUCCUAGCUCUGAGACUCUCCCUACCUCGUCAGGGGGUUUUGUUCGGCUCCCGCUUCUACGAAUGCCCCCUGGCAAACUGAAAGGUAGUAUUCCUCACGGCGCAGAAUACGCUGCCGAGCUUUCAGACACGGGAUUCUACAGGCAACGCGCAGAACUAGCUGCGCACAAUCAAAGUGAACUGAUAAACGUCCCUCUCAAUCAAAGGCGGCGCAAGAGCCCAUACAUUCCGCGCAAUGCCCCUUACUCAUGGGGAUCGUCUCCCUCGUCUUCUGGUAGCAGUAGCUCGAGUCCAAGGUCCGCUGUCAUCAACAAUGGAAGGUUACCUCUCGUGAGCCGGAACAAUGCGCGGAGAGUCGUUACCAGAGAUGGAGUUGUGAUGGGGGCUAACCUAGAUCGAUACUCUACUGUGCAUGAUACCGAUCACGGCGAGAAAGGGAAGAAGAAUGAUAAACCGCAGGAACAUGUUAUGAGCUUUAUGACCUUUGGUGGGACUGAAUUUGAGAUGGUGCAGAGGGGACGAUCCGGCCAGCGACAUGGCUCUGGGAGAAAUGGAAGAGAAACAGCUACUGCGCUGCAGUCUGUGCCUAGUACCGGGGUCGAGGAAGAUUGCUCCUCACGCAUGGACGAUGCUCCGCCUGCUUAUGACGCUGGGGGUGUAUCACCAAAGCAGGAUGAAAAAUCUCCCAUCGGAAAGUAA